AUGAAGUUCACCACCAUCUUGGCUGCAGUCGCCGGCCUCUUCGCCGCUUCCGCUGUCGCACACGAGCAAUGGGUCUACAAUGACCACCGCAGGCCUAUGCCUAUCGCGCAACGCGCAGUUGCCAAGACAAGUGCCUACGUCCAAACAGCAGAAGACAAGUCUCUUUGCGCCCGCUGGGACGGACCCCGGUGCCUCGACGACGAAGAAGGCCCCAACAUCUUCGACGAGGAAGAGCGGAAACGCCAGGAACUGCAAAGCCCGCGGGAGAAGAAAGAGGAGGCUCUUCAAGAGUUGAAGAAGAUACAGAAGAUCUGGGAUGGGUACCAUGCGGAGAUGCGGAAUCUCAAGAUGAUGGAGAAGAUUUAUCAGGGAUUCAAUGAGCAGUUAGAUAGGCUUGAGAAGAUGGCGAAGCUUAAAAUUGGCAAGGACGCAAAGGCUUCUGGGGAUGAGAAUGGCGGGCGAUGA